UUUGCAUGACAAUCACUGACGACUCACUCUCAUUGCCAUCUGCAUGCAGUGAGAGUAAAAUAUACGGUGAUAAUAUACUUGAAUUCCCUUCCGUCUUGGCAAACUAUAUACUAUACAAUUGCAGUUUGUUUGUCUAUACCUGACGGGAGACCGUUUUCUCUCCAUUGUUUCUUUCGAUUGUGGUUGUCUUUCAACUAUUGGUACUCUGCUCCGUCGCGACUUUUAGAAAACCAAUAUAGAAAGAAGCAGUGUGUAUUCUUUCACAAAGGAAACGUCUCAGUGGAAAACUCAGAUUGAUAGACCGCGGUACCAGAUUGAAACUGAUUGUCCCAGUUGGAGUAUGAUGAUUCCUGCAAAAUAAAGUAGCUUUAUUACAAGGAUUAACUAUGGACGUGGACAAGAUUCAAGCAAUCAUCAAGAAGAAUGGUAUCUCGACCAUUCGCUAUGAGAUGCCUGAUGUCUAUGGCAUCUCUCACUGCCGUCUCUACCCGGCUGCAUCCUUCUCCAGAAGAUCUUCUGACGGUGUCAAGUUUAGCAUCAGCACCUUAAUGUCCUCUGAUCCUCAAGGAAACCUAGCUACAGGCACUGGGUACGGAGAAGAGAUCGGCUUCAGCAACUGUCUGGCAUUCCCUGAUCUGGAAACCUUUCAAGUUGUCCCCUGGGCAAAGGCCACUGCUCGAGUGUUGAUGAAUCCUACGAUCGAUGGCCUCCCUGUCGUAGGUUACCCAAGGUACGUGGCACGUCUGCAGAUUGCAAAGCUCAAUGCUGUUGGUUACACACUGCUUUCCACAAACAGAUACGAGUUUUACGUGGAGAACGCAGCAGAGAGGAAACCGAUCUUUUCUGGGAGGAACUUUGGGGCCACUGUUCGAUUGCCUAAAGCGGAAGGCAUCCUGGAGCCACUCUGUGAUUAUCUACCUCAAGUGGGGUUUGAUAUCUUAAACAUGGAUACAGGACAUGGACCUGGACAAAUUGGGAUGGCCUAUCAACCAGCAUUUGGACUAAAAGCAGCUGAUAAUGCAUCUAAAUUUCGAACCUCUACUAAGGAAAUUGCUUUGAGGAAUUCUCAUAUUGCUAGCUUCAUGACAAAACCAUACACAGAUGGUAGCGGGUCAUGCGGACACUUCAUUCAUUCCAUCUGGGAUACGAAACGGAAGCAUCCAAUGCUGUUUGACAAGGAGCAUCCUACAGGGUUAUCAAAGAAUGGUCGUCAUUGGGUAGCAGGGAUUCUAUCUCAUGUUCCAGGUCUAGCCGUGUUGAUGUGUCCGACCAUCAACUGCGUGAAGCGCUUUGAACCAAACCAAAAAGCUCCAGUCAACGCAACGUGGGGUUAUGAUAACUGUAGUACAGCUGUACGGGUUAGGAUCAUGGGGGACCGUGGGACGUUCAUCGAGAAUCGGCUUCCAGGAAGCGGCUGUAACCCUUACAUUGUCAUGGCAGCAACCAUAGCAGCAGGCUUAGAUGGUAUCGCCAACAAACUCCCGCUGCCGCCUCCAGUGAAAGGUGAUGUGAUGGACGAGAAGACACUACCUCAACUCACAACUGAAAUUCCUAAUAACAUCCAUGAUGCCCUGAGUGCUCUUGUAGCUGAUACUGUUCUCUGUGAUGCCCUCGGGGAUGAGUUCAUCAACUGUUUCCUCUCCUUGAAGCAGCAGGAGGAUCGACUGAUGACCGAGGCAAUGGCCUCAGGAAACAAGGACUGGGAAUAUGGUUACUACUUUGAAUACAUGUAAUGAGACCUGUACAUGUGGUUUCCUUGGUAAUGUGGAUUUUUCCACAGCUGCUUUCAUUUUUUACAUUCAAGAAUAUAUUGAUAUAUUGUUGGUUCACAAGAUUGCAGCCUUUGUGUACUGGUACAUUAGAUGAACCAGGGAGAUGAACGAAGACAAAUUACACUAUAUUUUUAAUGAAAAUAUAUAUUUAAAAAUGUGGACAAUUUGUAAUUUAAUGUAUCUUUCUUAAGGUGGAAGAAUUUCAUUUUUGUCAAAGCCUCUUUGAAUGUAACAUGACUCUAAUCUGAGUUUUUUUCCAGAACUUUUUCUCAAUUAUUUUUCAUCACAUGAUCUCUUGUCAGUAAUGUGACCCCAUUUACUGCAAUUGUAAAUUAAAUGAUUGUGUUUCCUUGAUGUCCCACUCCCAACACUGGGCCACCAUCAACUAGAACAUCCUUAAAGGUGUCACAAAUCUCAGGUUCACAACCACUCAUAUAUACUUUCCAAAGAUAAUAAUGGUUUCAUUUUGCAGUUAAGGUAGAUUCACCACCGUGUAAAGUUUUAUGAGAAAGAAGCUCUGGUCUAUCUAACGUUCUUACAAAGAAACAAAAUGUAUGUAGUGUGUCUCCUUGCACUUUGAAGUCAGGAUGGUGCCUGUUAAUAUAGUUUAUUUUUUAUUUUAUUGUUGUUUAUUAUAGAGAUCAAAUAUAGAUUUUUUAAUUGGGAUAAAAUGGAUUAAAAUCAAUGUGAACUGAUGGUAAGAGCCACUGGAACCAGUCCUUCUUUACACAUAAAUGUAUUUGUAUAAACAAAUUUGUGAAAUAUUGAACUGGACUUGUCAUGCCAAAAAGAGAUUUUAACUCUUAGAAAGUUUUGGUGUCAAAUAAGUGUAUUUUACUUACAACAUUGUCAAAUUAUUGAUAAAUUGCAUUGUACAUGUACUAGUACUGUUUGUAUUGUCUUAUGAUUUGUAUCAACAGAUAUAUAAUCAAUUGUGAAUAUACACUCAAUAAUAACAUUAGUUUUUGUUGGACUUA